UGGGGAUGAAUUCCGAACCUCGGACCGCAUGAGCGCUGCGAGGCUCCAGGCAUGUCUCAAACUCUCAACAUGCUCCUAGGUAGCAAGAGCUAGAGAUAGCAAGACGGUCGCGUGUCCACCUUGCUUUUUUUAUUUCCAAAGCCCGGUUUUACACUCUCGCUACACUUUUAUUACAUAUACCUGUACAGGUAUAUAUAGAUUCUCAUCUUAACCUCUUUUUUUCGUUCCAUUUGAUUUUGGAUUUAAAAGUUGCCGCAAAGUUUCGUGUGAUAAAAAACAAAUAAAACAACCAUCAACUGACGAAGAAUUUAAAAAAGAAACAACGACUAUCUGCAUCUUCAUGAAGUUAUGAAAGAAGGAAGAGGAUUAAAUGUUUUAAAAAUCCAAUAAUAAUAUCAUCAACAAUUAUAACAAUAACUGCAACGACGACAAUAAUAAAUUCCGUUAAUCGUGUCAAAUAAAUAAACAAAAUAUUUGUGGUAUUAUCGAACAUAGAUUAAGAUUCACCGUGGUACAUGUACAGGGGGGGGGGGGGGGGGAGGACGGUAGAUGCGACUACUAAGUGAAUUUAAAUUUUAUUAAAUGUAAAAAACAACAGUGUACAAAAGUGUAUUACGUGUUUUAUCAUUGAUAAAAUAAGUGAGUGGUUUCAUUUCUCUUUUCUCGUUCGUCAUUAAAAUAAUUUGAAAACUAUUCGAAGUGUCGUAAGGCUACCGGUUGAAUGGGAUAUACACAUGGAAAACUAAAAAACUAAACUUGAAAAUAACAUUUGGUGCGAAUAUAUUAGGUGGUAAUUUGAUUUUAUAUUAAUUAAAAAUAUAGAUAAUAUAUUCUGAAAUUAAAGAAAGUCGGAGAAAAAGAAGGACGUAAAAUUAUAAUAAAAAAAUAAAAAUAAGAGGACGAAGGUAUCCGUGUGUUUUAACGACGACUAUGUCAAUACUCGCAUUCCGCUCUCAAGGCAACUGAAGACCCGGGAUUGGUCGUCGGGUCGGCGUGACGUCACUCCCGCUGAUGAUAAUGAGGUAUUCAAGAUGGCGGCGCUCGAGUAGCUAGUGUUUUAACGUGUGUGUGAUACCAGUUGGUGAUACCUUUGGAUGGAUUUAGAGCUUAGUGAAAUAUGCCAAGGAGAAGAAAUGGGGAGAUACCGCUUCCGGACGGCUGGGAUGUCGCCAGAGACUUUGAUGGGAAAGUCUAUUUCAUCGAUCAUAAUACCCGAAAGACUACUUGGAUUGAUCCGAGGGACAGGUUCACCAAGCCACAAACGUUCGCGGACUGCAUCGGCAAUGAACUUCCACUCGGCUGGGAAGAAGCUUACGAUAAGCACGUGGGAGCUUACUACAUCAAUCACGUUAACCAAACCACUCAACUCGAAGACCCCAGGCUCGAGUGGCGUGCCAUUCAGGAGGCGAUGCUCAGGGAAUAUCUUCAGACGGCCCAAGACGUACUGGAGGCGAAGAAGGAAAUCUAUGAUGUCAAACAGCAAAGGUUGUGCCUUGCUCAAGACGAGUACAAUCACCUCAACAAUGCCCUUACAACACUCGGUGCAUCCCGCACAAGUUUGUGCUCCAGCUCCAGCUCGUUAAGCACAAAAUAUGAUCCGGAUUUAUUAAAAUCUGAUGUCGCUCUCGCCAGAAGUCGCGUGUCGCGGCUCAAGCGAGAAUUGGAGCAAAUACGUGCAGAGAUGAACUGUACUCAACGUGGCGUUGACACUCUUGCCAGCGUGGAGCAAAAACUUAGUGCGCACAAUGGUGGGUGCUACAACAUUACAGAAGCUCAAGCGAUUAUGACGGAAUUAAGGAAUAUUCAAAAGUCCCUGAGUUCUGGAGAAAAAGAAAAAGCUGAGCUUAUGCAGUCCUUGGCUCAACUCAAAGAUGAACUCACCAGGUUACAGCUGUGCGAAGGUAGCCCAGAGGCGAGUACGCUCAGUCUUCCACAAGAAAAACUUAGUACGGCUUCACAGACUGAUCUGUCUGGGGAAUUGGUACCCAUCGGUACUAGACUUGCAGAAAUGGCUAGGAUGAGGCUACAGUAUGACGAAGCUAGGAAAAGGAUACAACAUAUCCAACAACAGCUCGCUGACUUGGAAGAAAAGGUGACUCCUGGUCAGACGGAAAGCGAUAAGGAUAAAUUACUGUUGUUCCAAGAAAAAGAACAGCUUCUUAGAGAGUUGAGGAGCAUCACACCGAGGACCAGAACUCAGCAAGAUAUGAAAGAAAUACAAUGCGAAAUCAGGAGAUUAGAACAGGACCUCAACAAUGCUUUGGAAUUGUCGAACAAGACUAUCACCGACAGAGUAAGAUUACAUGAAGAAAAACAGCUUCUGCUUCAACAACUCAGAGACGCUUUAAGGUCAAUGGCCUUGUUGGAGGGUCAGCUUAAAACUUUGAGCGCCAGCACGUUGUCAGUAAGCAGCAGCUCUAGCUUGGGUAGUCUCAGUACGACAAGCAGCAAAGGUUCGUUGAGUUCAGGUCUCAGUUUCACCGACAUUUAUGGAGGUCCACAAUGCCUGGGACCUGUGCAACAAGAAAGGCCAGUAGACAUGGUUGAUCUUCAUCGACGGGUAGAAAGACUGCUCAGAGGAUCGGAGCAUAGUUUGGGGACACCAUCGCCUGGAAGGUCACAGCCUAGUCUAUCUCCCAGGUCGAGUUUAUCGAGCGUCAGUCCACCGGUAUCACCUUUGUACGAAAAUGCACCCAUGGGACCUCCUCCCGCGUACGAACAAGUCGAACUUCAAAGGCGGCAGCAAAGACUAUUGGCUUCUGCUUCGCCGUUGGAUCGCAAUCAAUUAGAAGAUAAACUUGCAGAGCUUAGACUGAGUCAGCAAGCUAUUCAAGAACAGCUAUCAGCCAAUUCCGAACACUUUAAAAUGAGCCCACAACCACCUGUUGAAUUCCAAUCUGGAAAUAUGUCACAAGGAAGCGGCCUAGGCAGGCCUGCAAUGCCUUUGCCACAAGAGCCACCAUUAUCACCGAUAAGCGAGACGCCCCCACCAUUAGGAAUCAGAUCCCGAGCCAGUAGUUCUGGUACAAAUACCCGUUCUGUAUCAGCAGCUGUAUCUGACGAAAGCGUUGCUGGAGAUUCAGGUGUAUUUGAGGCAUCAAACCGACGGAGGUUAUCUGGUUUACUAGGCGUCGAUCCGCUCGCGCUAGGAGAGAUGAACCUAGAAACGGCACAAGUUCAAAUUAAGCUAAGGUAUUCAGUAAGUGACGGAUUACUACACAUUGGUAUAGAACGUGCUAGAAAUUUGGCUGCUCUGUUCAUUCCCGACAACACGCAAGUAUACAUUAAAGCAGCCUUGCUUCCGAUGCAGCCUCCAGUUAGUCAUAUGUGCUGCACAAAACCUGUAAUGGAUCUGCGCAAGCCUACGUUUGGAGAAACAUUCCCCAUAUCUGUGCCACUCAAUAAGUUAUACACAAAAACUCUACAAGUCAAUGUUUGGUGUACUGGCGGCGAGUCUGAGGAGUGCUUGGGCUCAGCCCAAGUCUCGCUGGCAGACUUCAGCCACGAAUCACCAAGUGUAAAGUGGUACAACAUCCUCUCCUUCCGCUUUAUGCAACCGUCAACAUCUGAUACUCCGAGUGGUAGCAAUGCAGUUGCUGGCAAGCAGGCAAAACACGACAAACAAGAGUCUGAUGUUUCGAUGUACAGAAGCACUCAGGCACAAAAUACAAAAGAGGAAAGUAGCGACGAGAGCACCAUAAUCAGUUCACAAACGUCAACGCUAACCCGAAAUCAAGGCUGUGAAGAAUUACAAACUGCCGUCUCGUUACGGUUGGAAGAAUUAGCCAAUUGUCUUGGGAGUCCAGAAGAGGAAGAUGAAGAUGGGGAUAGCGAUAGUGGAAGUGAAGAUAGCGACGAAGAGGGAAUUAUCGUAGAGUUUAUGAUAGAGGACAACAUUUUAGAGGAUGUACUGGAACACGAGGAGGACGACGAACUUGCUGAAGAGGAAGAAAACCAUACUCAAGACAAAGAAACAAACACCGAAUGCAUAUUUAUUCCUGAACAAGGCAAGCAGAGAAAGUUAUCAGCAGCAGGUGUUGUUCCAGGAGCAAUUCAUGAUGAUAAAAAUUCGAUUGUCAUAAAAAGAAGCCAAACAUUCUCCCCUAGUGCAGCUGUCAGCAGAAAUCACUACAUCUGCAGGUUGAACCGUAGCGACAGUGACAGCAGUAUGCCACUCUACCGGCGAGGGGGUCCAUUCCAACGUAACUCGGUUGAAAGACGAUCUCUGCGUUGGCGAAGACCGUCUUCAGCUCUCAGCUGCAAAACGCCUUCGAAGAAAUCGAACCAUCUGCCAUCAACUGCUAGAACUUCAUUAGAUCUUGAAUUAGAUCUGCAAGCACAACACGCGAGGUUAACCAAUUUACAUGACGAAUUGGGACGUCUGAGGGAUUUGAAGCAGAGGCUAGAACAAGCCAGAGAAAAGGGUGACACGGAACUAGCUUCUUGGCUGUUAGAAGAUCAUAAAUUCCAAAAUCUUAUGGCUCAGGCCGAGUCUGGAAAAAAUGGCAAAAGUGCCGAGGAUAAAAAGGUCGAAAAAAUGUUGAAAAAGACUUCAAAGGAGAUUUAUAAAUUGCGCAAGACCAAAGCUGGAAAGGGAAAACCAGACAUCAUCUCCUUCAAAGAAAAAAUGGCUUUCUUCACGCGUGUCAACUUGAACGUUCCGGUGCUGCCUUCUGAGGAAUUGAUGUCAGAGAAUGUAACAACACUCCCGCUCUUACCACACAGACGACACAUGUCAGAACCGGCUAGCAGCCAGUCGGUUGUCACAGUUUCUAGAACCAACGUUUAUAGUGUUUCCAAUAAUUUAGUAACUAACGCAACAACAAAUACUGCCGUAGCUACGAGUGGCACAAGAACAAAUAGUGUUGCAAGUAAGACAAACAGUGCUCCGAGUAAAGCAAACAGUGUGGUGAACAAAUCGAACUGUGUAACACACAACGUAAACAGUGCGAAUCAGGCUACAAACGAAUCUGGUAUUUCAACGGAAAAAUUAAACCUCAACGCGGAUAGUAAACAGUGUCAGAGUGAUCAGGCAGAAGAUGGUGUAAAGUCGUCAGAAGCAGCAGAGAGUGGUAGCGGUGGAGAACCUAAAAGAAAGAGUGAAGUUAACGAUAACGUGGUUAUUCUGCCAUUCAGUUUAUCCACGGAUUGUGAUCUCUUUUUCUUCCGUUCCCGGAGAAAGAUUGACAGCCAGCAAGACGAUGUCACCGCGCAUCCAAGACACAAGUCUCGUCAGUUGAUCUGCAAACUCGUUAAUUACAUUUUUUAAGUGAAAGAGAUUACGUAUAUGAAUUAUCUAGCUAUAGAUCACUUCGUGAAAUAUUUGAAACAAUGAAUACAAUAGCAACUAUUGUCGAAUUUCUUGUACCACAUUUAUUGUGAGACCAAAUUCCUCUAUUUGAAUAGAACCAUGAUGUACAUUUGUUGUUGUGUUGAAAUUUAUUUCUGGUUUCUCAAAACUGAAUAAACAAGAAAACCAGCUCGUAUUAUUGAA